UUUAUUUUCUUUUCGAACCCAAAGGGCGCGCAACUCAAAUCCUCUUCUCUGCUUUUCCACUUUUCCUUUCUUUCUUCAGCUGGUGAUACAAGAUGGCAGAUGGUGAGGAUAUUCAACCACUUGUCUGCGAUAAUGGAACUGGAAUGGUCAAGGCUGGGUUUGCUGGCGAUGAUGCUCCAAGGGCCGUCUUCCCUAGCAUUGUGGGUCGGCCACGUCACACUGGUGUGAUGGUUGGCAUGGGACAGAAAGAUGCAUAUGUUGGGGAUGAGGCUCAGUCCAAGCGUGGUAUUCUGACUCUUAAAUACCCUAUUGAACAUGGUAUUGUUAACAACUGGGACGAUAUGGAAAAGAUUUGGCAUCAUACCUUCUACAAUGAACUCCGUGUGGCUCCUGAAGAACACCCAAUUCUUCUCACCGAGGCGCCUCUCAACCCGAAAGCCAAUCGCGAGAAAAUGACCCAAAUCAUGUUUGAGACCUUCAAUGCUCCAGCAAUGUAUGUUGCUAUCCAGGCUGUUCUAUCCCUCUAUGCUAGUGGUCGUACAACUGGUAUUGUUCUGGACUCUGGAGAUGGUGUGAGCCAUACUGUCCCUAUUUAUGAAGGAUAUGCCCUUCCACAUGCCAUCCUCCGUCUAGACCUCGCAGGUCGUGACCUUACUGAUGCCCUUAUGAAAAUCCUGACCGAGCGUGGUUAUUCAUUCACAACUACAGCUGAGCGUGAAAUUGUGAGGGACAUGAAAGAGAAACUGUCAUAUAUCGCACUUGACUUUGAGCAAGAGCUAGAAACUGCCAAAACUAGUUCCAGCAUUGAGAAGAGCUAUGAGUUGCCUGAUGGUCAGGUGAUCACCAUUGGUGCAGAGCGUUUCCGAUGCCCGGAAGUCCUUUUCCAGCCUUCCAUGAUUGGAAUGGAAGCUGCUGGCAUUCACGAAACCACAUACAAUUCUAUCAUGAAGUGCGACGUAGAUAUCAGGAAGGAUUUGUAUGGAAACAUUGUUCUCAGCGGUGGAACUACUAUGUUCCCAGGAAUUGCUGACAGAAUGAGCAAGGAAAUUACUGCCUUGGCCCCAAGCAGCAUGAAAAUUAAGGUGGUGGCUCCACCUGAAAGGAAAUACAGUGUCUGGAUUGGAGGAUCCAUCUUAGCAUCUCUCAGUACUUUCCAGCAGAUGUGGAUUGCUAAGGCAGAGUACGAUGAAUCCGGACCAUCUAUUGUGCACAGGAAGUGCUUCUAAUUCUUCAGAAAUGUCUUGUUUUUUGGCGAAACGACCAAAAUUUUCGGAUCCCCCCUUCAUAUAGAGUUCAAAUUGGUUCAUUUUUAUUUUCCCUUGGCAGUUCUUUGAUCAUUCAACGUAUUUGUGAUUAUUGUCAAUUCUCUCUAUCUUUCACACUCCCUUGUAUUCUGAUACUUGAAAGCAUAUUCUCACACUACAUCCGAAAAGAAGCAGAAUGACCUGCUACAACCAAAUUUUUUAA